CCUUUUCUUUCAUAACCAGUUCAUCAUGUACGGGGCCAGUUAUAGACCCGUCGACCGGACGCCUGUCAUCAAGCUCGUUGCCAGCAUUCUGUUUCAUGGCUUAAUCGCUGGCCGCGACCUUGACGGGAACUCAACUGCUACCACGCCGACCCUUUGCCGCCCGAUCGCAGAGUUAUGGGUGUUAGCCAUUGAAACAAAAGAUGAAGAUCUGUUGAGCAUUCAAGUGCCAUUGCGUGACCUCGGUCGCAUCACCUUCUCUUCGACUUGUCACCACCUUCUUGGUUGGAGAAUGCAUACACAACGAAUCCUUUGUGACUACACUACUGGAAGUGUCGGGUAGCAUUGGCCCCUUCACUUCUGCAGCUCUGAAGUAUGUCAAGACCAUACCAUCAGUGAUCAAGGACCCUGAUAUAACCUCCGAGGCCGUCCGGAUGGAGCUGAUUCAAGUCGUGACGAUGUUUUCGACCUGUGUUAGAUUUUAUCAUGGGAACGAGCAUGCACAGUGCUGCGAUACGGGAAGGAUUCGUCGUCCGACACUCCAUCAGACAUAUUUUCUCGGCUCUCCGUAUUCUCCAGCCUCUUAUCCCUGGUAAAGGGAGCACGGAGCAAGCUCUCGCCUGGAGUUUCCAGUACCUCUUCUUUCUCCUUGAACGUGCCGAUGACCCUGUCUCAGUGUUCCAUGAAGCUCUCCGCUCACACGCCCUUGAAACAGCGGUCCAUAUGGCUCCCUUUGGACCCGUGAAGAUGGAAGCGAAUCUUCAUAAUAUCAGCGCGGACUUUUUCGAGAUAUUGUACCACUAUCUUGUUCACGACAAAAUCUUGACCUACACCUGCAAACAUGUGGGUCCAAUCGCGAGACAAGACGAAAACCUCUGGAAGGAUUGGUCCGCGAUGGAGCGGACGAUACGAUCAUACGUCAGUCUCAGGUCCAAGGAGGAAAUGAUAAAGCGGCAAUUAUUCAAUGAAAAGGGCUGGUUCCUGAAAUGUCGUAGUGGCACUACGGAAGACACUCAACUCAGGCAAUGCGCGGGAUGUCAAGUUGUGCGGUAUUGCUCAAAGCGAUGCCAGCGUGAUUCCUGGUAUAGUGUAAGCACGCCGGCUUACCUGAGUUCCCAUAAUCAGUACAUAUACUGUCGCUGAUGCUGAAAGCUAAGCUUUCAGUAUUUCACCUUUUGGUGUAACGGUUAUGCGGGCGGCGGUCUGACCAUGUUACAUAUAGUCACCAUAGGUUGAGCUGUAAAUUUCUCAAGGCAGCUGUCGGCAAGUCUUUCCGAUGUUCAGAGACAUUAUGUCCACUCACAAU